UUCAGUUUGUCUGCAGCGAGUCUCCGGUAUGGGCAGCUGCCUCACUCCUCAACUUUUUUACCAGGGAUUUAACCACAGUUGUGCUCCAUUUGUCACGGUUGUAUACCACCUAUACAUGGAUUUGUGAACGGAAUAACCCGAAAGUGCGCUUAUCCGAGCGUUUGAAUUCAUUUUUUGUUGUUAAAAAAAGGAAGAGGAGAAAAUGCCAGUUGCAACUCUUCUGCCUUUUACCGCGACCCCGAAUAGGAAGUCUGCCAGCCCGACCUCUUUCAGGUUGACAGAGAAAUUCAUCUUGUUAUUAGUGUUUAGUGCUUUUAUUACCCUGUGUUUCGGGGCUAUUUUCUUCCUGCCGGACUCGUCGAAGCUGCUCAGUGGAGUUUUCUUUCAUUCCUCCGCGGUGGAGACCAACACCCGCACCGGUCCGGACAGCAGCGACCCGGGAUCGGCUGGAAACGACGAGAGGGUCCUGGCCAAAAUCAAGAACGACCAUGAAAAAGCUCUGCUAGAGGCCAAGGAUACUCUACAGAAACGACCGGACGAGAUUAAGAAGGACAUUUUGAAUGACAAAAAGAAACUUCUUUCUGAGGCUAAGGGUCACGGUGGUAAUGAUGUCAAUAAUUUACCUUUUGUUGUGUAUCACCGACCCCCUGGAGCUACUGGACACGAACCUCUGGACCCAGAAACCAAGGAGAGACGCGCUAAGAUCAAAGAGAUGAUGAAACACGCGUGGGACAGCUACCGGCGCUACGCCUGGGGUUCCAAUGAGCUCAGGCCCGUCUCCAAGACAGGCCACUCCAGCAAUCUAUUUGGAAGUAUAAAGGGUGCGACAAUAGUGGAUGCUCUGGAUACUCUCUACAUCAUGGAGAUGUUUGAAGAGUUUGACGCUGCUACGGACUGGGUGGAGAAGAACCUCGACUUUAAUGUG